AUGCUAUCCAAACUGCAUUGGCAGAAAAGGUCGAAUCGCAAAUCCCAGCAGUCCUUUGAAGGUCACAGCCUGUCGCCGCAGGCUUCGCCCGAAUUAGAGUCUGAAGGAGCACCUGCGAACCCAUCCUCUCGUCGACCUGGGUUUCUAUCAAGAGUUCGCAGCCAACGCUUCUCUACAGUCAACGUGCAACCUGAAUCAAGUCACCAGGAAGCGUCAAGCAAUCCAGUACCCAACAAGCGACACUCAUACUACCAGCCUGCCCAGCCAUUGUACGACACGGUCGAAGCUCAGCAUCCAGUAUGA